CAGGUGUGUUGCAGACACAGGUGAGGCUCUUGUGGUGUGAUGGAUCAGUGUGAGGAGGUCAAAGAGGAGCAGCUGUCUGAUCAGUCAAACCAGCAUCCAGUGGAGGACAAGGAGAAGCCGACCCGGGGUCAAGAGGGCGACAGUGGUGAUCAGUGGGACACUGACCUGGAAACAGAGGAUGCCAAAAAUCAGACACACAGUUUGUCCUUUGCAGAGCGUUACCUGCAGGCCUGUCAGGGGAUAGGGACCUUUCCAGUUUCUUCCUUCCUCCGUCACUUGGAUGAAGCCAAUGUCAUCCUGAACCAUUAUGUUAUGGGCCCCCUAGGGGCCAAAGCUGUGGCCGUAGUUCUGCAAAAUGACAAUACCAUCUCCAAUCUUGAGCUUGAGGACAAUGCUCUCAAAGCAGAGGGGACACGCUAUCUGAUGGAGAUGCUUCAAACUAACAUCAGCAUCCAGAGUCUGAAUCUUUCCAACAACCAGCUGCACCUUGAGGGAGCGGACAUGGUCUCCAAAAUGCUGAAAGACAAUUACAACAUUAAAUCCAUCAAACUCUCAGGAAAUGACUUUGAUGAUUCUGCUGCCAAAUACUUUGCUGAUGCUUUAAAGGGCGACUUUGUGCUCAAAGAGCUGGACCUCAGUCACAACAACUUCUGUGAUACAGGAGGGGAACACCUGGGGCAAAUAUUAGCCACAAAUUUAGGUAUUGAAGUCUUAAAUCUGAGCUGGAAUCAACUUCGUAUGAGUGGUGCAGUGGCUUUGAGUGCUGGGCUGAAGGUGAACUCGACUCUAAAGCAGCUUGAGCUGUCGCGGAAUGGUUUUGGACAAAUCGAGGCAGAGUCACUGGGUUUAGCCCUGAAACAAAAUAACGCUCUAGUGCUGCUGGACCUCAGCUUUAACCAUAUCAGCGACCAGGCUGUGAGGGGGCUCUGCCAGGGCCUGGCCACCAACGACACCCUCAGGGUCCUGAAGCUCUCCAAUAACCCUCUGACAAAUACUGGAGCUCUGACUCUGCUCCAGACAGUUAAGAACAACACGAAAUCAGCAGUGCAGGAGAUCGAUAUUUCUACCGUGUUUGUGUAUGAAGCCUUUAUGGAGCUGUUGGAAGAAACCCAUAAGAGGCGUCCUUCUCUGGUUGUUGAGUACAGCAUCAUGCUCUCCGUCAUCAGGAACUUAUCUGCCCUCCAAAUCUUUCAGAAAUUCCUUGAAGAGAGAAACGAGAGCAUCGUAGAUUUCUUCCAAGCUCUGGAUAAAGAAGGAACCAUGAAAGUCUCCAACUCGGCCUUCAGGACGGCUGUAAAGGAAGCUAACGUACCUCUGAAUCAGCGGCAGCUUGAGUGGUUGAUCAGGAAGUUUGACAAGAACUGCGCAGCCACCAUCACCUACAGUUUGCUGAGCUGUCAUAGCUGCAGAGCCGUACAGCACCACUGA